UGGAAGACGAAAGUCCACGAUACAAGCGUCAAAUGCGCGUUUUCGUUUUCUGGCGCUAGGGUAUUGGGAGAAACGCGUGUCGAGCAUAUGACGCCUUCUGGUCAACGAGGACAUGCAGGAGGACCUACUAGUAGUAGUGCUCGGCGGGUAAUAAAACAGCCUCAUUGUCCGGACAUAGCUUUCUAUGGGGACGGACAUCAGAUGAGGUCGCUAGUACUCGCACAGGGGGACACAGGAGGUAGCUCUUACAAUUCCAGGUCGAGUAGUGCAAGUGCCUCAUCUAAAGAUGGAGCAGUCUCGAAUACUAGAUUUGCCGCAGCAGGAGCAUCUUCGGCAACCACCAGAGGUCCAUCAGAACCACCGCCGAAUCUUUAUGGAGCAGUCUCCGCGAGUGUUGUAAACGCACUAUCGUGGGGCGGGGGAGGACCAGCACUACAAGGGGAUACAACUACUGGUGCUACAAACUAC